AUGAGAAUCAUUGUAGCAAUCGCUGUAUCGACAACAACUUUUACUAAUAAAGGAAUUGGAGAAGCAGUAGCAACAACAACAACAAUAAAAGCAUUACCACCAACAACAUUAGAAACAGGACCGAUAACCACAACAACAUUACCACCGACAACAUCAAAAACAGAACCAAUGACAACAACAACGACAUUACCACUAACAACAUUAAAAACAGAACCGAUAACUACAACAGAAAUAGCAACAACAACGACAACAGCGCCAAUAACAACGAUGGUUAUUAUUGAUAUUUCUGAUGCUAUUAUGUUGACUACUGAACUCGCUGAAUUAGUAACAACAAUUACUUCCACAGCAAUUACUACUUCCAAAAAAUGGCAAGAAGGACAACCAAUCAAAUUAGAGUCUGAAACUAAGACACCUCUAAUUUCACCUAUUCAAGAAUUCCAGAUACAUAGUAAUCCUGCAGAUAAAUCACGAUCAGCAUUCGUGGUAGUAUUGCUUUUGAUAAGUAUUAUUAUCAUGAUAACAUCGAUAACGCUAAUAUUGUUAAUCAAAUUUGGUGUUAUCCUUCAACAACCGUUAUAUACAUCAUCACGAUAUGAAGAAGUUGAUGAAGCAUCAAUGCAUUGA